UGCCUUUCAAGUAAAGUCACACAUACGCAUACAGCAAUGAACCUUAAUUUGCCCCCUCUUCCAUUUUUAUUUUUGCACCUUCUUCUUCCAAACCCACCAUUUCACUCUCUCUGUGUUGAAUAAAUAAGAUAUGGGAUUCUCUAAAGAAGAGAGAAGAAAGAGAUUUGUAAGAUGGAUCAAAACCCUCUUCUUCUUAAUCGCCAUGUUAAUGUCUCUUCUCCUAUUCUCAGCACCCAUUCUUCUAGUCAUCGCCGAUGCCCUUCUUCCUUCAGCGCUAUUAUCGGCUUCUCUUUCGCUUAAUCUACAAGCUCUUUCUUCUCAUGUAAACAACUACGACUUCCGAUCCUCACUCAUCGACAUCCCUCUCGUAUCCAUCAUUCGAGCAGCCAUUAUAUUAUGCGUUUAUAGUUUUUGCGACGGUCCGAGGCUAUCGAGGGGGCCAUAUUUAGGAAUUGCCACCAUAUGUUCGGUGUUAUCUCUCGCGUUCGUGUCGUUGAAGGCUGCUUAUGUUUUUAGUGACGGUUCGAGCAUCAAUAGACGCGGAAACGGUUACUCUCGAGCCGUGGAAGUGACCUUGUUCGCGUGUUCAUUUGGGUUGGCAAUUGGGCAUGUAAUUGUGGCGUAUAGGACGAGUUGCAGAGAGCGGAGAAAGCUUCUUAUUUACAAAAUUGACAUUGAAGCUGUCUCAGCAUGUAAGAAUGGAUUUCCAAGACAUCAAAAAUCACUCCAAGUUGGACGAGCAAAGUCAAGACAAAAACAAAUAUCAAUCCCCCAUUUUUUCCUUAAUCAAAUUCAGUUUUCCAAGAGCCAGGUUUCAGAUUUAUCCAAAGGAGAUCUGCAGCCAGAUGAGGAAAGAAGUAAGGAAACACAGAAGCUGUAGGCUAGUACGUAGUAGUCAACAACAUAUUUUGUACACGAUAUAGAUAUAGGCAUAUAUACGUAUAUAUACACGUAUUUCAGUACUUGUCGCGGUACAGAGGCAGUUAGAUGGGACGGUGAUAUCCAUUCUGUUUCUGUGUCCCCAAAAAAUGUAAAUGUGUUUUGUUUUCAUUUUAUACACGUAUUCAAGAGCUGGUGUUGGUUUGCACAAAGUUUUGAUUAGAAUCGAAGACGUCCGAUCUUGAUCUUGCAUCA